ACGAAUAUUACCAAACCCAAUCCACUCAAUUAUUGGCCAUCCAGAAGUCCACAAUCAAAAAGGAAAAGUAAUUGUGUACCAAAAAAAAAAAGGAAAAGUAAUUUGGUUUUAGUGGCUAAAUAAAAAGGAAAAAAUAAUUCAAUUAAAAUAAACAGCAAUAAUUUCCCCUCGGCCAGCCGGCCACCAUUGAUCCGUCGCUUUCUCAGCCUUUGACUCCGUCUAAUAACAGAGUUUCCGAUUCCGUCGCGAGCAGCCCAGGGCAUUCCAGCUCCUUCUAGUGUAGUCUGCGUAAACCGUCGUCGUAUUAGACUGCAACCCGCCAACUAACGCCGUGAAUGCCCGCGGGAAGGAACAAAUUAACUUUCCCGGAAAAAUAUAAAACAAACAAACGCCAUAAUAGCCAUCAACGGCGUUAAGUUGGGCCCUCGUAAUCAUCGAGAGAAAAUUCCAACUUCGAGACGGGAGCGGAGAACAUACGUGUCGCCUUCCUAUUGGUUGGAAAUAAUCGAGUCGGCCAAUCUCCCCGCUAUAAAUCGAACCCCCCAAUUCAUCCUUUUCUUCACCACAAUUCAAUCUCAAGCAAACUGAUCUUCCUAAUCAAUCUCUGAUUCAGAGCUUUCUUCUCAAAAACUCUCAAGGUAAAAGAUCUUGAACUCGAUCCCUUCUCUGUCUUUCUGUUCUUGUUUCUCUUCGAAUUCUGGUUUCUCGUUUAUUCGGUGAAAGAAGCGUUCGAUCUAAGAACACCAGGGUUUCUUCUUUUCGUUCGUCAAUUCAAUAAGAUAUUCGGGAAGGAUUCUGGAUAUUGGAAUUAGGGUUUAUUCGUUCUGUUUAUUUUGAUAUUCGUUCUGUUUAUUUUGAUAGUAUUCAAUCAUAUAAUCGCGAAAAAUUCUGGAUUUUGGAGUUAGGAUUCUUCCUUCUGUUUGUUUGAUCUCGUAUGUUGAAUCUACGCCUGCCCGUCCAUCGAUUUUGGUAAUUCUUUGCUGGAUUGCUGAAUUAGGGCUAUUCGAUUUUCUGGUUUACAGAUGCAGAUCUUUGUUAAGACCCUCACCGGGAAAACUAUUACUCUCGAGGUCGAGAGCAGUGACACCAUCGACAACGUUAAGGCGAAGAUCCAGGACAAGGAGGGGAUUCCUCCGGAUCAGCAGCGGCUGAUCUUCGCCGGGAAGCAGCUGGAAGACGGGAGGACCUUGGCGGAUUACAACAUCCAGAAGGAGUCGACCCUCCACCUGGUUCUCCGUCUGCGUGGAGGCAUGCAGAUCUUCGUCAAGACCUUGACCGGAAAGACGAUUACUUUGGAGGUUGAGAGCUCCGACACCAUUGAUAACGUCAAGGCCAAGAUCCAGGACAAGGAGGGGAUUCCUCCGGAUCAGCAGAGGCUCAUCUUCGCUGGUAAGCAGCUGGAGGAUGGAAGAACCCUCGCUGACUACAACAUCCAGAAGGAGUCCACUCUCCAUCUGGUUCUCAGGCUGAGGGGAGGUAUGCAGAUCUUUGUGAAGACCUUGACUGGGAAGACCAUUACUUUGGAGGUUGAGAGCUCAGACACCAUUGACAAUGUCAAGGCGAAGAUCCAGGACAAGGAGGGCAUUCCCCCAGACCAGCAGAGGCUUAUCUUCGCUGGCAAGCAACUUGAGGAUGGAAGGACCCUUGCUGACUACAACAUUCAGAAGGAGUCUACCCUCCACCUUGUCUUGAGGCUCAGAGGUGGUAUGCAAAUCUUUGUGAAGACUCUGACUGGCAAGACCAUAACUUUGGAGGUGGAGAGCAGCGAUACCAUUGACAAUGUCAAGGCUAAGAUCCAGGACAAGGAGGGCAUCCCACCAGACCAGCAGAGGCUCAUCUUUGCAGGAAAGCAGCUCGAGGAUGGCCGAACUCUGGCCGAUUACAACAUUCAGAAGGAGUCCACUCUCCAUCUGGUGCUGAGGCUCAGGGGAGGAAUGCAGAUCUUUGUCAAGACCCUUACUGGAAAGACUAUCACUUUGGAGGUCGAGAGCAGUGACACCAUUGAUAAUGUCAAGGCCAAAAUUCAGGACAAGGAGGGUAUCCCACCAGACCAGCAGAGGCUGAUCUUCGCUGGCAAGCAGCUUGAAGAUGGAAGGACUUUGGCGGACUAUAAUAUUCAGAAGGAGUCCACCCUCCACCUUGUCCUGCGUCUGCGUGGUGGCUUCUAAAGGGUUCUAAGUCUUGUUCCGGUGCUGCUGUCGCUGUGUCUGUUGAUGAUGGCUUUGAAGGUUGUUGGAUUUAUCAUGGAUGUUUGAAGAUUGUUUUUUAAGUUUCUGGUGUUCAUGAGGUAGCCUAAUGGCUCCUCAAGUUUCAAGCUUUGUUUGUUUCAGUUCUAUGUUGGCCCUGGUGGCCUUGUGAACAGCUAUUUCUCUUUCGGUUUUCUGUUGAAUAAUAAUAUCUGAAGUAUUUCGUGUCUAUGGUGAUUUCUUUUCAUUUAGAUCCUCACGGUGAAUGAUUUCUGCAACUCAACUUACUAGCCCUCUGGAUCAAUGAACUUCUAGUGUUGUG